AUGUCUACUAAUUUUACUAAAAUUCUUGAUGAACUCAAAUUUGAACAUAAAAAAAAUUGUGUAGAAAUUCAAGAUUUUGAAAAAAUGCAAAAUAAAAAGAGUGAAUAUGAAAAGAAUAAUAAACAUAAUUAUGAAGUUCUUAGUCUUUAUCAAACUGAAAAUUCAAUGUUAAGUAAUGAAAAUAAAGAAUUACAACAAAAAAUUGACAAUUAUAAGAAUAAAAUAAAAAAAUUAAAAGAAAAUGAAUAUAUUAAAAUUGAUCAAUUUGAAUAUGAAAAUAAUUAUUUUAAACAAAAUAACAAAGAAUUAUUAAGUUUAAUGCUUUUUAUUAGUAAUUUUAUAAAUAUAGAACAUUAUUUAAAUUUAUAUAAUAGAUAUGAAAUAUAUGAUAAUUAUUAUAAUGAAAUGAAUAAUCAAAAUAAUAUUAAUGAAGAAAAUGAAAAUAAUAUUAAAAACGAUAAUAAAUUUAAUGAAUUUAUUCAUUAUAAUAAUUAG